AGCUCACGUGAAUUGUUAAACUUUAAACAUGGCGUUACGAAGAGGUGUUUCUCAGGUGUAUUUGAAUUUGAAGGCUGAUAGGUGUACCAGGAAAUGGCCACUCACUCAAUUCACCAAGCAACAUCAGAACUUGUUUGCUCAGUCAAGUUUUUUUGGCUGCCUUGGUGUUAGAAUGUGCAGCAAUUUAAACAGUAGGUUUGAUAGUGCCAAAGAAAAACUAAAUACUUUAAAAGAAGAUCCAGGUAACAAAGUCAAACUCAGAUUGUACAGCUUAUUCAAACAGGCAACAGUUGGUUUGUGCUCUGGAAAAAAACCACCUGUUUUUGAUUUUGUUGCAAAGGCCAAAUGGGAGGCUUGGAACUCACUGGGGUCUAUGUCCCAGGAAGAUGCAAUGAAAGAAUACAUAAAAACAGUAGAAGAACUAGCAGGAAAAGAAAAAGUUACAAGUGACAACAGCCAAAGUUCAUCUAACUCUAGUCAGUACAAUGGACUUCAAGUGUCAACCCAGAAUGGAAUAACCACUGUCAAACUGAACCGACCAGAGAAAAAAAAUGCUCUGACUACUCAGAUGUACAGAGACAUUUCUGAAAUCCUUUCUAACACUGCCAAGGAUAAAAGUUCCGUAAUAACGCUUUUUACAGGAGCAGGUGACUAUUACUGUAGUGGAAAUGAUCUUGGAAAUUUCAAUCUGCCCCCUGGUGUUGACAUUGCCCAGAUGGCCAAGGAUGCAAGUGUGUUGCUGAGAGAUUUUGUGGAUUCUUUCAUCACUUUUCCAAAACCAUUAGUUGCAGCUGUAAACGGACCCGCAACUGGCAUAUCUGUGACACUGCUAGGACUCUUUGAUGUUGUAUAUGCUUCAGAAAAGGCUACAUUCCAUACCCCAUUUAGUUUACUUGGCCAAUCACCAGAGGGUUGCUCAUCUUAUAUAUUUCCAAAGAUAAUGGGACCAUCAAAAGCAAGUGAAAUGUUGCUGUUUAAUCGCAAGAUUACAGCUGCUGAAGCAAAAUCUUGUGGAUUAGUCAGUGAAGUAUUUCCUGAUACUACAUUUGAAGUAGAUGUCUCUAAUCAAUUUAAAGGACUCGAAGAAAUGUCUAUAAAUUCAAUAAUAUAUGCUAAGAAGCUUGUUCGAGACCUAGAUCGAGAUCUCCUACAUAAAGUUAACAAGGAAGAAUGUGAACGACUGGUAGAACGGUGGCAGUCUGAAGAUUGCAUGAAAGCUAUAAUGGCAUUUUUUCAGAAAAGAUCAAAGAAUUAAUUUUUAAUUUAUUUUGCAUAAAAUUCUGUGAUUCUAAGAAUACAGCUGGAAUGAAUUUUAGACAAAUCAUGAUUAUCUUCUUAAUCUGUGGGAGUGGCUUACAUUCUGGACUGGAAAUCAAAUGUUUUUUUUUAAAUAAUGAAAUAUAAGCCUUGAAGAGUGAGAUUGAACAAAUAAAAAUUUUGUAUCAAACAAAAUUUGGAAAAUUUAAAGUCAGUGAACAGCUGAAUUGAUUGGAAUUGAUGUAAAGUUUAUUUGUAACUUUUUAACUGUUUGUUUAUUUCCAUAUUAACCUGUUUGGGCAUUAAGUUUUUUCAAUAAAAAGCAGUUUGGAAA